AUGGCCACACCGGGCCCCGUGCUGCGACGAACAGCAUUCGCAUCCUCAUUAUUUCGGACGGCAAAUGCUACCCGCACGCCUCGUGUACCGCUCCUUUCCUGCCAUCGCAUACUGCCCUUAGCUUCACAGACCCACUCCGCGCAAAUACGACACAGCUCUUAUUCAGGGCCGGCGAUUGGCGAGAACGGCAAGCCGCGCAAGAAAGUCACCAUUCAAACGCUGCAAAAUCUUUAUAAAAAGGGCGAGCCGAUUGCCAUGUUAACGGCGCAUGACUUUCCAAGUGCACAUGUGGCCGAUGCUUCGGGAAUGGAUGUCGUAUUGGUGGGCGAUAGUUUGGGAAUGGUCGCAUUGGGCUUGGACAAUACGACCGAGGUGGUGAUGGACGAGAUGAUUCUCCAUUGUCGGAGUGUAGCGCGGGCCACGAAAAGCGCUUUCAUUAUUGGGGAUCUACCGAUGGGCUCGUAUGAAGUCUCCGCCGAACAAGCCAUUGAAUCUUCAUUACGACUUGUGAAGGAAGGUCGGGUGCACGGCGUCAAGAUCGAAGGUGGCGAGGAGCUCGGACCUACAAUCAAACGCAUAACACAGGCCGGUGUCCCGGUGGUGGGUCAUGUUGGAUUGACACCGCAGCGACAGAAUGCCCUAGGUGGAUUCCGAGUGCAAGGAAAGACACGAGCUAGCGCCUUGCGACUGCUGCAGGAUGCACUGGCGAUGCAGGAGGCGGGCGCAUUCAUGCUUGUUCUUGAAGCUAUGCCGUCGGAAGUAGCGGCGAUCAUCACGGAAAAGCUUCGCAUCCCGACUAUCGGUAUCGGGGCUGGAAAUGGCUGCUCGGGCCAGGUUCUCGUGCAGGUGGAUAUGACGGGCAAUUUCCAGCCUGGUCGGUUUGUUCCCAAGUUCGUCAAACAAUAUGCGGACGUAUGGGGGGAGGCUGCGAAGGGUAUCUCGCUUUAUCGGGAUGAGGUCAAAAGUCGCGAGUUUCCUUCGGAGGAGUACACUUAUCCCAUCACGAAGGAGGAACUUGCCGAGUUUGAGAAGGCCGUGGAUGAGGUUUAUCGGAAAUCAUGA